AUGCGCGUCCAGAUUGACUGGCCGGGCUGCAUCUCCUCCUCCGUCUGGCAGAGACCAGGAGAGACAAAGCGGAGAGCGCUGGUGGGGGACCAGUACGGACCGAGCCCGCCCCCCACCCGCAUCGAGGAGAAGGAGUGGGAGGCCCUUCGGGCACAGCUGACAAGCCGGCCCCGAGACCUGGACCUGCUCAGCCGCAGCUACGGCAGGGACGCUGACGCCCGCCCCCCGUGCUACCUGCUGCAGCCGCCCGCACCGGGGGAAGCUCACGGGCCUGAGGAGGCCGACCUGGGCUCUGUGCUGCAUGCUGCCGCCCAAGACGCUCACCGCCUGGGGCUCCUCUCUCAGGAACAGUGCGGCCGUUACCGCUCAGUCCUGGAGCGUGAACUGGAGCUUGGAGUGCUGGGCCCAGCGGCCGAGGGCACCACGGUCUUCCUGCGGGAAAUCCCCGAGCUGGACCGGCACCUGCUGGAUGAGUGCAGCCUGCGGCUGGUGGACCGGCGGCCGGACGGCUGCCUGGAUGAGGAGGCGCAGGCCCGGCUGCGGGUCCUCAAGGCCCGGCUGGCCGCCGCCCACCCUGAGGUCCUCAAGGCACACCCCGUGGCCUGGAGCCGCGACCUGGUGAACCCAGCCAACAAGGCCCACUCCCGCUACCUGCUGGGGCUGGCGGGGCAGCUGGUGGCCCGGCUCAACCACCAGGUGCUGGAGCGCCUGCGGGCUGGGGAGGCUGCCUCCCCCUGGGAGCCCACCUGGUUGCUUGAGGACAUCCGACACCACCUGAAUCUGGCUGCAGAACACGCCCGAGGCUUCUGUGGCCGCCGGGAGCUGCUGGCCGACUUGGGGCGCCGUCUAAGGGAGACAGACGGUGUCCCCCACCUGCCGCUGGUCCUGCGGGGCCCCCCGGGCGUGGGUGUCACGGCGCUGCUCUGCGUGCUGGCCGGGGCGGGCUCCCGGCUGCUGGGCCGGCCGGCCGUCGUGGUGCUCAGGCUGCUGGGGGCCUCGGGUCCGAGCCGAGAUGGCCGGGUGGUGCUGGCGGGGCUGUGCCGGCAGCUGUGCCUGGCCUUUGGGCUGCCGCCGCCUCCCCCCGCCAUCCUCCAGGCUCGCGCCCGCCUGGUGCCCUUCCUGCGGGAGCUGCUGCUGUCCAUCUCCGCCCGCCGGUUCGAGUCCCUCUUGCUGCUCCUGGACGUCCCCGGGCUCCCCCAGGCCCCCCACUGGCUGCCUGCCCUCUGUCCCCCGCGGGUGCACGUGCUGCUGGCAGCCGGCCCAGGCGCCCUGAACGGGGACCACCAGGAGCCCUGGGAGGUGGGUCCGCUGCCCGCCGCCAAGGCCUGCGAGAUGCUGCAGGGUCUCCUGGGGGCGGCCGGCCGCACCCUGGACCCCGGGCAGGAGGCAGCGCUGGGGGCCGGGCUGCCCCACGGAGGCCACCCUGGACGGCUGCGACUGGGCCUCCAGGAGGCCGGGGACUGCGCCUCGUUCUGCGCGGCCACCCCGCUGCCCGCCGAGCCCCUCGAGGCUGCGCACCAGCUCUGCGCCCACCUGGAGCGGAGACACGGACCCGUCCUCACAGCCGCCGUGCUGGGCUCACUGGCCGCCGCCAGGUUCGGGCUGUCGGAGGCGGAGCUGAAGGACGUGCUGUCCGUGGAUGACGAGGUGCUGGGGGCCGUGUACCGCGAGUGGACGCCGCCCAGCCGCGAGGUUCUGCGCUUCCCCCCACUGCUGUGGGUGCGUCUGCGGCGCGACCUGGGCACCAGCCUGGCGAGGAGGCCCUGGGGCGGCUGCACCCUGCUGGCCCUGGGGUCCAGUCUGCUGGAGCGGGUGGCCCGGGAGCGUUACCUGGCGGGCCCCGACAAAGCCAAGAGGCACGGCAUCCUGGCCGACUUCUUCUCUGGCGCCUGGAGCCAGGGCACCAAGAAGCUGAUCACCCUGCCGCUCAUGGGCAAACCGCUGAACCUGGACCGCAAGGUGGCGCCUCAGCCCCUGUGGUUCUCAGAGGAGGUGGGGAAUGAGCGGAAGUUGGAGGAGCUGCCCUUCCACCUGCUGCACGCAGGCCGCACGCAGGAGCUCAUGGGAGAGGUUCUGGGCAGCCUGGAUUGGCUGUGCUGCCGUGGCAUGUCAGGGGGCCUGGACACCCUGCUGGACGACCUCGGGCUCUGCGCCCCCCACGUGGACUGUCCGGAGCUGGAGCUGGUGCGCGAGGCCCUGGAGCUGAGCCGCCCUGCGCUGGAGCUGCGGGGCCUGGAGAAGGGCGUUCUGUGCACAGAACUCCUGGCACGCCUCCACUUCUUUGCCGCCUCGCACCCGGUGCUGGUGGGGCCUCUGUGCCAGCAGGCGCAGAGCUGGUUCCGGCUGUGCCCGAACCCCAUGCUGGUGCCCUUGGCGGGCUUCCUGCAGCCCCCAGGGGGGCCCCUGUGGGCCACCUUCACCGGUUGUCACAAAGGCAUCAGCGCCCUGGCGUGGAGCGUGGAGGAGAGCCUGCUGGUGGUCGGGACCCUGGACGGCUUCAUAGUCGUGUGGGACGUGGCUGAGCGGCAGGUCACUCACGUCCUGGCGGGACACUCGGGUGAGGUGCACCACCUGCAGGUGUUCGCCCAGGGUACUCAGGCGCUCUCCGCCUCCCGGGACCAAACGCUGCGGGUGUGGGAGCUGCGCUCGGGGCGCGAGCGGCUCAGCCUGUGGGGCGGGGGUGCCCAGGACGCGGCCGAGCCCAGGCUGUGGAGUCUGCAGGUGGACGAGACCCGUCGGGCCGUGUGCUCGGCCUCGGUGUCCAAGGUGACCGCCUGGAGCCUGGACACCGGGGAGCUGCUCUUCCGCAUCCUGAGUGACCCCGCCGACCCCUGGCUCUGCGCAGCCCACCUGGUGUCCCCGGCCUCGCUGCUGACCGUGUCCGAGCAGGGCGUGGUCGGCCGGUGGAGCCCGGCCAGCGGGCAGCUGCGGGGGAAGCGGCGGCUGAGCUGUGUCCGAGGGGAGGCCCCCACCUGUGGGGUCCCGGUGCAGACGCAGGGCUGGCUGGUCGCCGGCUUCAGCCAGGGCUCCGUCGCUCUGGUCUCCACAGAAGGUGACAGCCUGCUGGAGAAGCUUCCGGAAGCCGUGAGGUUCCUGGUGGUCUCCGAGGAUGACUCCUUCUUGGCCGCAGCCUUCGGCAGGUCCGUGUGGGUCUUCCUGGCGGACGCCCAGGGUUUCCGCCGCUUCACGGACACCGAGCUGGAGCACGAGGCCGUGGUGGAGGCUGCCGUGUUUGGCCCCGAGAACAAUCUCAUUGUCACCGCUUCCCGCGACAGGCUGGUUCAGGUGUGGAGUCUGUCGGAGCAGGGGGCGCUGCUGGCGGUGCUGGAGGGGCUGGGGUCGCCCGGGGGGCUGCUGGCGCGGGGCGGAGCAUUGGUGGCCGCUGCCUGCCGGGUGUCCUCAUCGCUGCGCGUCUGGGACCUGAGCCGCCUGGCGCCACCCGGGCUGCCUGCCCCCUUCCCGGACCGCAGCGGCCUGGCCACCCCCUCCCACGAUGGACGAUUCGUCUACUUCCCGCGGCCCGGAGACAAGACCAAGGUCAGCGUCUGGGACGUGGCCCAAGGCGAGGAACAGGCAGUGCUGGAUGCCCCAAGCCCGGUGUGCUGCCUGGAGGUGGCGGCGCGGGCCGGGCUGCUGUUCGCAGGGUUGGCAUCGGGUGCGCUGCUGGUGUUCACGCUGGUGGGGGGGCCCGGGGGGGAGCCUGAGCAGGACGUGCUGUGCCUGCCGCCGCCCGCCGGCCCCCCGGGGCCCCUGCUUGGCCUGGCGCUGGCCCCCAGCGAGGACACCCUGGCCCUGGCCUACGGGGCCGCCGUGCUGCUGCUGGAGGUGGCGCCCGGGCCGCCCUGCCCACGCCUGGGGGUCCCCCUGGAGCUGCGGCCCACCGCGCCCCCCGUCAGCCUGGCACCGCUGGCUGGGCCCCGUCUGCUGUACAGCCCAGCCGCGGGGGGCCUCUUCCUGCUGGCCGAGCCCGGGACCCCCAAACCGCUGGCCGACGGGGGGCCCUUGGCCUGUCUGUGUGUGAGCCACGGGGAGCAGAUGGCCGCGGGGGGCGCCUCGGACGGGGGGCUGCGUCUCUGGGACCUGGAGUCGGGCGCCUGCACCCUCAGCAUCCACUAUCAGAGCUCCUACUGCCCCGGUGUGCAGAACCUCUGCUUCUCUCUGGAUGACAAGCUGGUGUUCGCUGGCAUGAGGGACAGAUCCGUCACCGUGUGGAGUGCGCUGGACGGCUCACUGCUGGCCUCUCAGUUCCUCCACGCGGAGCUGACCCGGAUAGUCCCCACGCCCGGCGGCUUCCUGGCUCCCAGCCGCCAUGGCUACCUGGUCCGUGAGCGCUACCAGUGCCCCUCGGCCCGCGCCUCCCCCCAGGUGCCCCUCAGACACUUCCAGAAGGCCGUGUGGAUGGUGAAGAGCCUGCAGAGGCGGGGACUGGCGGCUGCCGGUGACAGGGGCGCCCGGGAUGGGGAGCCAGGGAGUUCGGGGCAGCGGGACCCCAAGUCCAACAAGCGCUCCCAGGUCUGCCUGCUGGUGUAGAUGGGACGGGGUCGGGGGCUCGAGGCCCAGCAGGGCAAAUGGAGACGGAGAGAAAGAGAGACUGAGAGAGAGAGAGAGAGAGACACCAAGCACAUAGUACCACCACCACUCCACCGUUCAUGGGUGCUGAGCACGGUGCCCCCAGGUGGUGCCGGGGAUGGGGGUGGGGCUCGAACCCCGGUGCUGGACUAUUUCCGUAUCAAGAUGUGUGUUCUGCCAGAGGAGGGCUGGCUCCACAUCCCGUGGUGCUUCUCCCUCUGUCUCUGUCUCUCGCCCUCUCUCUGGAUAACAACAACAACAAAGACACCUUCAGGAGC